UCUCUCUCUUCUAUAGAACAAAAGCCUUCGUUACCACACUCAAUGGCCAUUGCCAUCCCAUUCCUGUUUUCCUUCGUCUUCUUAUUCUUGCUGGUAUCGAGGCUUCUCUCCUCUUCUGCUGCUGUUUCUUCUUCGUAUGGCCCCAAAACGCACCCCGUCAUUGGGUGUCUGAUUCGGUUCUAUAAGAACCGGCACAGGCUCUUGGACUGGUACACCGAGCUCCUCGAGGCCUCGCCGACGCAGACGAUCGUCAUGCGCCGCCUCGGGGCUCGUCGGACCAUCGUGACUGCCAACCCCGAGAACGUCGAACAUGUACUCAAGACCAACUUCCCUAACUAUCCCAAGGGCCGGCCCUUCACCGAGAUCCUCGGCGACCUCCUCGGUUGCGGCAUCUUCAGCGCCGACGGCGAGCUCUGGCACACUCAGCGCAAACUCGCCAGCCACGAGUUCAGCACCAGGUCCCUGUGCGACUUCGUCGUCAAUGCUCUCGAGUUCGAGACCGGAGAGAGGCUGAUACCGAUCCUGUCGUCGGCGUGCGCCCACCGCGGCGUGGUCGAUAUGCAAGAGCUGCUCCGCCGCUUCGCCUUCGAUACCAUUUGCAAGGUCUCGCUCGGGACGGACCCCGGCUUCCUCGACGCCUCGUUGCCCGAGUCCCCACUCGCUGAUGCUUUCGAGGUCGCCUCGGCCAUCAGCGCUAAGCGAGGGGCUGCACCGGUCUUCGCGGUGUGGAAGGCCAAGCGCGCGCUCGGCCUCGGCUCCGAAGGCCAGCUUCGUGCCGCGGUGAAGCUAAUCCAUGCAUCCGUCAUGGAGAUAAUUAGAACGAGGAAGACGGAGAUCAAGAAGGGCACGCAGCACAACGACCUCUUGUCGAGGCUCAUCGUCGGAGGCCACAAGGACGAGGUGAUCCGCGACAUGGUCAUCAGCUUCGUGAUGGCCGGGAAAGACACGACCUCCGCCGCUCUGACAUGGUUCUUCUGGCUCCUCUCGUGCCAUCCCGAGGCCGAAACGGAGGUCGCCAAAGAAGCGAAGCAAGCCAAAGGGCGAUUAGACUACCACGCACUGAAGGAUAUGAAGGUGUUGGAAGCGUGCCUCUGCGAGUGCAUGAGGCUGUACCCGCCGGUGCUGUGGGACUCCAAGCACGCAGCCUACAACGACACGCUGCCCGACGGGACUCGGAUCAAGAAAGGCGAUCGAGUGACGUACUUCCCCUACGGCAUGGGGAGGUCAGAGAAGCUAUGGGGAAAGAACUGCAUGGAGUUCGACUACAGGAGGUGGUUGUCGGAGAGCGGGGAGUUGGUGCGACAGUCGCCGUUCAAGUUCCCGGUGUUCCAAGCCGGGCCAAGGGUCUGCUUGGGGAAGGAGAUGGCCUUUGUACAGAUGAAGUACGUCGCGGCGUCGGUGCUCAGAGAGUUCGAGUUGAGGAGGGAGGAGAGCGCGAAGCAGAGGCCGGCACUGGUGCCGCUGCUGACCGCCCACAUGGCUGGUGGGCUACACAUGGUGGUCGAGAAGAGGGAAGAGAUGGAGUCUAUCUUCUCUCUCUAAAUGCAAAAUUAAGUACCUAAUUUCUGCAAAAUAUUCGUAAGGUAAUGAAUGCAUGGGAUGAUAUGUAGGG